CCGGUUUCAACCGGUCCGUGGUUGGAAGCAUGAGCUUAGAGGAAGAGCACACUUGCACGCAUUAAAACACCUCUGCUCUCCAACAGUGUGUGCGAGUAUAGAGACAGAAAUAAAAAACUAUUUAACUUCGUGAUUAUGACCUGGAAUACCGCUCGAAGUUUUGACUCCGUGAAUCUGUGUUGUUAGCUUAGCUUACAUUAGCCAGCAGACCCGAACCAUCAUAGACUUUUCCAUUAGCACGCUAAGUUGCUACAGUAGCUUGGUGGGAGUCGGCUGUUUAAGCACUGACAGAGCAAAGAAAACAAAUGUUUCAGGCUGGUUGAAGACAGGAAACAAUGAGGCUGUGGUAAACUGCGGGAACGCUUUUAAUACAUCGCCAAGAAUCCAGCGUUAACGGUGUUAUUUUUAAAUUAGCGCUCUUGGUGUCAUCCAGGAAAGCUAACAUUAGCAUUUUGGCUACAUCGAAGGUUAGGGGCAUUGUAACGUGUGCCAUGAGAUAACGUUGCACAUUUGUUUUCAACUGCACUGAAAGGAUUUUAUAAUUCGCUCUUCCGACUACAAGUCGCACCAGUGAACAACUUUGUUUUUCGACGAGCGGCCAGAACACACCAGAAGCUCUAUGCCAGCAGAAAUGACGAUGUUGGCCGAUCACCCAGCCAGACAGCUGCUGGACUUCAACCAGAAACUGGACAUAAACCUGUUGGACAAUGUUGUCAACUCGAUGUACCACGACAUUGGAUCGCAGCAACGGGUGGCCCAGGAAGUUCUCACCAACCUGAAGGAUCAUCCAGACGCCUGGACGAGGGUUGACACCAUCCUGGAGUUCUCUCAGAACAUGAAAACUAAAUAUUAUGCACUGCAGAUUCUGGAGACGGUCAUCAAAACACGCUGGAAGAUUCUCCCUAGAAAUCAGUGUGAAGGCAUCAAGAAAUACGUUGUUGGGUUGAUCAUCAAGACUUCUUCUGAUCCUGCAAACAUGGAGAAAGAGGGAGUUUACAUUUCAAAACUCAACAUGAUCCUCGUACAGAUCCUGAAGCAGGAAUGGCCCAAACACUGGCCCACGUUCAUCAGCGAUAUUGUGGGAGCAAGUCGGACCAGCGAGAGCCUCUGUCAGAACAACAUGAUCAUCCUGAAACUGCUCAGCGAGGAGGUUUUUGAUUUCUCCAGUGGCCAGAUGACCCAAGUGAAGGCCAAACACCUCAAAGACAGCAUGUGCAACGAGUUCUCCCAAAUAUUCCAGCUGUGCCAGUUUGUGAUGGAAAACUCCCAGAAUGCCCCAUUGGUCCAUGCCACGCUGGAGACUCUCCUCCGCUUCCUGAAUUGGAUUCCUUUAGGCUACAUCUUUGAAACAAAACUCAUCAGCACUCUGGUCUACAAGUUCUUGAACGUGCCCAUGUUCCGCAAUGUGACGCUGAAAUGUUUGACGGAGAUUGCCGGAGUAAGCGUCAACCAGUACGAGGAGCAGUUCGUUAACCUGUUUACCCUCACUAUGAGCCAGCUCAAACAGAUGCUGCCUUUGAACACUAACAUCAGAAUGGCCUACGCCAACGGUAAGGACGACGAGCAGAACUUCAUCCAGAACCUCAGCCUGUUCCUCUGCACCUUCCUCAAAGAACACGGCCAGCUCGUCGAGAAGAGACCCAACCUGCGAGAGACGCUCAUGGAGGCCCUGCACUACAUGCUGCUGGUGUCAGAGGUGGAGGAGACCGAGAUCUUUAAGAUUUGUCUGGAGUACUGGAACCACUUGGCGGCAGAGCUUUACAGAGAGAGUCCCUUCUCCACCGCUAGCACCCCGCUGCUGUCAGACGUCCCACCUCGCAGACACCUGUACCUGCCUGUACUCUCCCAGGUGCGUUUGCUGAUGGUGAGCCGCAUGGCCAAACCUGAGGAGGUGCUGGUGGUGGAGAACGACCAGGGGGAGGUGGUCAGGGAGUUCAUGAAGGACACGGAUGCCAUUAACCUUUACAAGAACAUGAGAGAGACUCUUGUGUAUCUGACCCAUCUGGACUACGCCGACACUGAACGCAUCAUGACGGAGAAGCUCCACAACCAGGUGAACGGCACCGAGUGGUCGUGGAGGAACCUGAACAUGCUCUGCUGGGCCAUCGGCUCAAUCAGCGGGGCGAUGCACGAGGAAGACGAGAAGAGGUUCCUGGUCACCGUCAUCAAGGACCUGCUCGGCUUGUGUGAGCAGAAACGAGGGAAGGACAACAAGGCCAUCAUAGCCUCCAACAUCAUGUACAUUGUGGGCCAGUAUCCUCGCUUCCUUCGAGCCCACUGGAAGUUCCUCAAGACUGUCGUCAACAAGCUGUUUGAGUUCAUGCACGAGACCCAUGACGGUGUGCAGGAUAUGGCGUGUGACACCUUCAUCAAGAUCGCCCAGAAGUGCCGGCGUCAUUUUGUCCAGGUUCAGGUGGGAGAGGUGAUGCCCUUCAUCGAUGAGAUCCUCAACAACAUUAACACCAUCAUCUGUGACCUGCAGCCACAGCAGGUUCAUACGUUUUAUGAGGCUGUUGGCUAUAUGAUUGGAGCUCAGACAGACCAGGCAGUUCAGGAGCUUCUGAUAGAGAAGUACAUGCUGCUGCCUAACCAGGUGUGGGACAGCAUCAUCCAGCAGGCCACCAAGAACGUGGACAUCCUGAAGGACGCUGAGACGGUGCGUCAGCUGGGCAGCAUCCUAAAGACAAACGUCAGAGCCUGUAAAGCUGUUGGUCAUCCCUUUGUUUCCCAGCUGGGACGAAUCUACCUGGACAUGCUCAACGUCUACAAGUGCCUGAGCGAAAACAUCUCCUCGGCUGUUCAAACCAACGGUGAGAUGGUGACCAAACAGCCUCUGAUCAGGAGUAUGAGGACUGUAAAGAGGGAGACAUUGAAGCUGAUCUCAGGCUGGGUCAGUCGCUCCAACGACCCUCAGAUGGUGGGAGAGAACUUUGUGCCCCCCCUGCUGGAGGCGGUGCUCAUCGACUACCAGAGGAACGUCCCGGCCGCCAGAGAGCCCGAGGUCCUCAGCACCAUGGCGACGAUUGUCAACAAGCUGGGAGUCCACAUCACGGGAGAAAUCCCCAAGAUCUUUGACGCUGUCUUUGAGUGCACUUUGAACAUGAUCAACAAGGACUUUGAAGAAUUCCCAGAACACAGAACCCAUUUCUUCUACCUCCUUCAAGCUGCCACCUCCCAGUGCUUCCCAGCCUUCCUGUCCAUCGCCCCUGCCCAGUUCAAACUGAUCCUAGACUCCAUCAUCUGGGCAUUCAAGCAUACGAUGAGGAAUGUGGCCGACACAGGUCUUCAGAUCCUGUACACUCUCCUGCAGAACGUUUCUGGAGAGGAGGCAGCAGCACAGAGCUUCUACCAGACGUACUUCUGUGACGUCCUGCAGCACAUUUUCUCUGUGGUCACUGAUACCUCUCACACUGCAGGUCUGACCAUGCACGCCACCAUCUUGGCCUACAUGUUCAACCUGGUGGAGGAGGGGAAGGUCAGUGUUGCUCUGAGUGCCGCCAGUCCUGCCAACAACCAGGCGCACGUCCAGGAGUACAUCGCCAACCUGCUGAAGACGGCUUUCCCCCAUCUGCAAGAUGCCCAGGUGAAGGUGUUUGUAACGGGUCUGUUCAGCCUAAAUCAGGACAUCCCCGCCUUCAAGGAGCACCUGAGGGACUUCCUCGUGCAGAUCAAGGAGUUUGCUGGCGAGGACACGACGGACCUGUUCCUGGAGGAGAGGGAGACGUCCCUGCGCCAAGCUCAGGAGGAGAAACACAAGCUCCAGAUGUCAGUGCCCGGCAUUCUCAACCCUCACGAGCUUCCAGAGGAGAUGUGCGACUGAAGGUGGCAGCGAACAGCGUGUACAAAACAGCUCUGAAGAGGGAAAGGUCAAGAGAGAGCAAGGACGAUUCCUGUUGAUGAAUUGUUUUCUUUUCAAGUGUGUUCGUGUGCGAGUGUGUGCGUGUUUUGAAAAGAGAAUGAGGGGCCAGAGAGCGGACCCCAGCACUCGGUUGUACGUCGACCAAAUCAAUGUCAAUAUGUAAAUGAGAAUCGUCCCCCUCAACCCUGGCGCAGAUUCUUUUUUUUUUUUUUUUCUACAAACUUAUUUUAUACAAAGUUUUUGUGUGUGUGUGUGUAAAACGCCAUGUUUUGUUAAUUUUUGCUGAUUAAAGCUUUGUGUUUGACCAUACGGUUCUUUUACACUUGCAUGAAGAAUUCAAGGUUAUUUUUAAUCCCUCUUGACCCCCUUGAUUCACCUCCUCUCCUACUUGUUAAUAUGUAAUAUAUAAUGUUGAGACACUUGCAAUGGUUAGUUGACGGAUUGCUCUUGUUUCAGAAGUGCCAUGUGCAUGGUGCAGGAUGAAUGUGAUGCUCAAGGGGUAGACACUUACUUCCUUGCUUCAUUUGUUGUUUUGGUUUGUCAGUGUGUUUGUUUGUUUUUUUCUUUUACUCUGGCUCCUCUGAGUCCGAGCUUCAGUUGGACCGCUCUGCGUUUGGAUGAGAAGGAAGGCUGUGUGCAUAUCAUCCUGUUUGUAAAGCUGUCUUAGUACUCUGACAAUAUAAAGUUGGCUAUUUUUACAAAA